ACCUCAUCAACGGCUGCUGCCUCCUCAGCCGCCGACCUGCUCCAUCUUCUUGCUUCUCACUAAAUACUCCUCCUGCCCACGCAUCUCUCUCCUCUCGAAGCAUCGCAAGAGAGAACCAACUCCCCCUACUCACGACCCUGCGAUCUAUCCCUCCACCUCGCAGGCCCCUUCCUGUUUCCCUCACCGUCCUCGAAUCAGCUGCUUGGCGGGGUUGAGCUCUGCCUGGUGCUGGAUCGCCUCGACGACUUCGCACCGCACCACCUCCACGAUUCCCUCCCUAUCUGCGCCAGGCACGCUGGGGAAGCGAAAGCUCUCUGAAGGGGAGUCACCUAAAUCCCACAAGCGCAUUAUGGCUGAAUCUAAGCUGCCCGAGGUCGACCUCGCGACCCGGAUGCAGGUCGACGAGUCCGUCGUUGGACACACCGAGAUCGACGAGUCCCUCUAUAGCCGACAGCUCUAUGUCUUGGGCCACGAGGCCAUGAAGCGCAUGGGCGCUUCCAACGUCCUCAUCGUUGGUCUCAAGGGCCUCGGUGUUGAGGUCGCCAAGAACAUCGCCUUGGCUGGUGUCAAGAGCCUGACCCUCUACGACCCCGCCCCCGUCCAGCUGGCCGAUCUGUCGUCCCAGUUCUUCCUUAAGCCUGAGGAUGUCGGAAAGCCCAGAGACGAGGUCACUGCCCCCCGCGUGGCUGAGCUCAACGCGUACACUCCCGUCAAGGUCCACCAGUCCCCCGGGCUUGACGAGAACUACUCCCAGUUCGACAAGUACCAGAUCGUCGUCUUGACCAAUGUUCCUAUCGACUCGCAGAAGGCAAUCGCCGACUACUGCCACACCAAGGGCAUUUACGUUGUCAUCGCUGAUACCUUUGGUCUUUUCGGCUCUAUCUUCUGCGAUUUUGGCGAGAAGUUCACAAUCAUGGACCCCACCGGUGAAACCCCCCUGAGCGGAAUCGUUGCAGGAAUCGACGAGGAGGGUCUGGUAUCCGCUCUCGACGAGACCCGACACGGCCUGGAGGAUGGCGACUUUGUGACUUUCACCGAAGUCGAGGGCAUGGAGGCACUGAACGGCGCCGAGCCCCGGAAGAUUGUUGUCAAGGGCCCCUACACAUUCUCGAUUGGCGAUGUCACCGGUCUCGGCCAGUACACUCGUGGUGGCAUGUACCAGCAGGUCAAGAUGCCCAAGGUUGUCAACUUCAAGACUUUUACCACCGCCUUGAAGGAACCCGAGUUCUUGGUGUCUGAUUUUGCCAAGUUCGACCGACCUCAGCAGCUACACCUUGGUUUCCAGGCUCUCCACGCUUUCCAGCUUUCCAAAAAGCGACUCCCCUACCCCAUGGAUGAACAGGAUGCGACUAUCGUUCUCGGUGCCGCUAAGAAAUUCGCCGAGGACGAGGGCAUGGAAAUUGAGUUGGACGAGAAGUUGCUCAAGGAGCUGAGCUACCAAGCCAUGGGUGAUCUCAACCCGAUGGCUGCUUUCUUCGGUGGAGCUACCGCGCAGGAGAUUCUCAAGGCGGUUUCUGGAAAAUUCCAACCUAUUAACCAGUGGAUGUACUUCGAUUCCCUCGAGUCCUUGCCCACGUCUACGAAGCGAUCGGUUGAGCUGUGCAAGCCUAUCGGCAGCCGCUACGACGGACAGAUUGCCGUUUUCGGUACCGAGUAUCAGAACAAGAUUGCGAACCUGAAGCAAUUCCUCGUCGGUGCUGGCGCUAUCGGAUGUGAGAUGCUCAAGAACUGGGCCAUGAUUGGCCUCGGUACUGGUCCUGAGGGCAAGAUUUGGGUGACUGAUAUGGACUCCAUUGAGCGAAGCAACCUGAACCGACAGUUCCUUUUCCGUGCCGACGAUGUUGGUCACAUGAAGAGUGACUGCGCUGCCAAGGCUGUCCAGCGAAUGAACCCUGAGCUGGUUGGCCACAUUGAGACCUUUAAGGAGCGCGUCAGUCCUGAAACUGAGAACGUUUUCAACGAGGAUUUCUGGCAGAACUUGGAUGGUGUGACCAACGCUCUAGACAACGUCGAGGCACGAACAUACGUCGACCGACGAUGCGUCUUUUUCCGCAAACCCCUGCUCGAGAGCGGCACCCUCGGAACCAAGGGUAACACGCAGGUUGUACUCCCUCAUCUCACUGAGUCGUACUCCUCCUCCCAGGAUCCUCCUGAGAAGGAGUUCCCUAUGUGCACCAUCCGAAGUUUCCCCAACCGCAUUGAGCACACGAUUGCUUGGGCGAAGGAGUACAUGUUUGAGAGGUCUUUCGUCAAGGCUCCUCAGACUGUCAACCUGUACCUGACUCAGCCCAACUUCCUUGAGACGACGUUGAAGCAAGGCGGCAACCAGAAGGACACACUCGAGACGAUCCGAAACUACCUGACCACUGAGCGACCCCGAACCUUUGAGGAUUGUAUCGCUUGGGCUCGUAUGCUCUUCGAGACCGAGUUCGCCAACAAGAUCCAGCAGCUGCUUUACAACUUCCCCAAGGAUGUUGAGACCUCGACCGGCACCCCAUUCUGGUCAGGCCCCAAGCGUGCCCCCGACGCUCUCAAGUUCGACCCCAACAACGCCACCCACUUCGGUUUUGUCGUCGCGGCAGCUAACCUGCAUGCCUUCAACUACAACAUCAAGUCACCUGGUACCGACAGGGCUAUCUACCUGCGUGAGCUGGAGAAUGUUAUUGUGCCUGACUUCUCCCCCGACUCAAGCGUCAAGAUCCAGGCGGACGACAAGGAGCCUGACCCGAAUGCUAGCACCUUUGAUGACAACGACGAAUUGGACAAGCUCACUGCCAGCCUGCCUUCGCCUAACACUCUGUCUGGCUUCCAGCUGGUGCCUGUCGACUUUGAGAAGGAUGACGACUCGAACCACCACAUCGACUUCAUCACUGCUUGCAGCAACUUGAGAGCAGAGAACUACAAGAUUGAGGCUGCGGACCGACACAAGACUAAGUUCAUCGCUGGCAAGAUUAUCCCCGCCAUUGCCACCACGACUGCCCUGGUCACUGGCCUGGUGGUCCUCGAGCUGUACAAGGUCAUCGACGGCAAGACAGACGUCGAGCAGUACAAGAACGGGUUCAUUAACCUGGCUCUCCCCUUCUUCGGCUUCAGUGAGCCCAUUGCUAGCCCCAAAGUUGAGUACAAGGGACCCAACGGCAAGGUUACGCUUGACAAGAUCUGGGACCGAUUCGAGUUGGAGGAUGUGACGCUCCAGCAGCUCCUGGACAACUUCAAGGAGCGUGGCUUGACCAUCAGCAUGCUGAGCUCAGGUGUCAGCCUCUUGUAUGCGUCUUUCUUCCCUCCCGCCAAGCUGAAGGAGCGAUAUGCCCUCAAGCUUAGCGAGCUGGUUGAGAUGAUUUCCAAGAAGCCCAUUCCCUCGCAUCAGAAGGAGGUCAUCUUUGAGAUUGUGGCCGAGGAUCUGGAUGAGGAGGAUGUGGAAGUCCCUUACAUCAAGGUGAAGGUUGCGUGAAGCCGAGACAGGUGUACAGUGAGCAAGAAUAGAUGGUAACAGAGUGAAGAUCGCGGCCGAGGUGCACUAGAGCAGGGCCUGAACGCAUGAUGAUGCAUAAAGAUAGAUGAAUAUUACGCUCUGGCUAUUUGUUACG